CACUGUUGCGGUGUGUGUGUUGUAUACUUUUGUUAUUUUGUGUUAUUUUUGAUCUGUGAUUGUAACAGAGUUUGAAUUGCUUAUAUUAUUAUCUUUUAGAUAACGAACAAAUUAAGGUAUUUUUAUUUUAUAUCUUUCUUUAGAUCUUUCUAAAAUGGAAGAGGAUAUAAUCGAGGAGGAUGUGGAUGGUUCAAUUCAUAGUAUUCAUGUUCGCAAUUUUUUUUGCCAUGAUAAUUUAGAAAUUACUAUGAAUAAAAAUGUGAACUUUAUUGUUGGUCGCAAUGGUAGCGGAAAAAGUGCUAUCCUGGCGGCCCUAGUCGUCGGUUUAGGAGGCAGAGCUUCUGCUACUAACAGAGGCAGCAGUUUAAAUUCUCUUAUAAAGAAAGGUGCUAAUUCGGCUACAAUAGAAAUAAAAAUAAAUAAUAGCAGUGAAAAGGCGUACAAACCGAAUCUGUAUGGAGACUAUAUAACUAUUGUAAGGCACAUUAAUGCUUCUGGUGGAUCCAAUUACAAAGUGAAAUCAGAGACAGGUGAAGUAAUAUCAACAAAAUUUGAAGAAGUUAAUGCUAUAAUACUAGCUCAUGAUAUACAAGUGGACAAUCCAAUAUCAGUACUGAAUCAGGAUGAUGCCAGGAGCUUCCAUGCAUCAGAUUCUAAGAAAAAGUACUCCCUCUUUAGAAAGGCUACAAAUUUGGACCAGACAGAAACAAAUUAUAUCAGGGCUUUGGAGAAUUGUAACAAAGCAGUUAAUAUAUGGAAUAGAAAGAAUGAGUCGUGUAUAGAAUUAGAAAAAGAAUAUAAAAAAUGGAAGCAAAGUCAUGAACAACUGCAGUCAAAAGACGAGAUUGAAGCAAAGAAGCUGGCUCUACAGAAUGAAUAUUAUUGGAGUGAGAUAGCUGAGUUUGAGCGUGAGGCGACAAUAGUGCAGACUCAAUACGACAGACAGCAGGAGAGGAUCAAUAAGCUGGCCGAAAAACUGAGCACCAUUAAUGAACACUUUGGAAGUAACACUGAAGUAAUUGAUGCAUUGAAGAAUCGUUUGGAUGAAAACAAGCUUGAGAAGACAGCACUGGAACAAGAAUUGCGCAGUCUGGAAGACGAAGUCCGAGAGACGCAGGCGGCGUGGCGGACCGCGCAGCACGUCUCCAGCAAACAAGCCGAGCUGAUCAAUAGGGAGAAUCGGAAGGUGGCCGAUAUCGAGCAGGAGAUCGCCAAUAUCGAUUCGGGCGACGCGGCUGCGACCCGUGCGUGUCUGGAGGCUCGCGCAGAGGAGGCCAAGCUGGUGGCGAGCGCGGCCCGCGCGCGGUACGACACCGCGCGGCACGGCGCCGACCAGGCCCGCGCCGCGCACGAACGGGCCGCCGCCGCCGCGGACCUCGCCGCCGGCCACGCCCACCGACACCGCGACAAACUCAAGCAACUGAAGCAGGAGCUGCGCGAGCUGGAGUCGCGGGGCUCGGACUCGCUGGCGGUGUUCGGGUCGCGCAUGGUGGAGCUGUGCCGGCGCGUGGAGGACGCCGCGCGGCGCAACAUGUUCAGCGAGCCGCCGCGCGGGCCCGUCGGUGCUUAUCUGAAGGUGAAGCAACAGGAAUGGGCUGGUGUUUUAGAGCAUAUCCUCGGAAAUUCCAUUCAGACGUUUUGUGUUAAUUCGCCCGAAGACUCUAGAAAGUUGUUUGAGAUCAUGGGUCAAGUGUACGGCGGCGCGGCCAAGCCGGGCGUGACGUGCAGCGAGUUCGGGCGACACACGCACGACGUGCGCGGGCGCUGCGUGCGGGCGCGCGGGCACGCGGCGGCGCUGCACGCGCUGGACGUGCCCGACCCGGUCAUCGCCAACUUCCUCAUCGACAACCUCGCGCUCGAGCGCGUGCUGCUCGUGCCCACCCACGAGGAGGCGAUCCGGCUGGCGGACACGGAGGAGAACGUGCCGGAGAACUGUGCCAAGAUCGUGACGCUGGACACCACCGAGUACCACCCCGCGCCCAACUACCGCAGCUACGGCGGCGUCGCUCGCCGCGCGCGAUACCUGCAUCUCACCACCGCGCAGAGGAAGAGCCAGGUGAUGGCAGAAAUAAGUGAAGCUGAAGCAACGUUGCGAUCGCUGGAGAACACUGAAAAAGAGUUGAGAGAUGCAGCAAAAGAAGCGCGCGACAGCGAAGACAGCGCUCGACGAGAGCUGCAAGCGCUGGUGGGGGAGAAGCACCGCGCCGAGGAGCGCGAGCGUGCGGCCGCCGCCGCCGCCCUCGAGCAGCAGAACGCGCCGCACCUCGCCAUGCUCACGGAGGAACUGAACGUAUCCAAAGAGAAGCUGCGGACAUUAAAAAAGAAACUGGAGGAGCUGUCGGCGUCAGAGUCACAGUAUAGAACCAAGAUCGAUCAGUCCGACGGCCGGAUACGAUCGGUGAAGAACAAGCUCGGGGCCGUCACUACUAUGUGUAGGACGAUUAAUGAAGAAAUAGAGCAAGAGCAACUAAAGAAUGACCAGGCGGUGAGUGAGCGGGACACGUGCAAACAGAAACUCAACCAGGACAGGUCCAAACUGGAACAAGUGGCGGUCAUUUUAGAAGAGAAAAGGGCUAACAUAGAAAAACUCAUAUACGAAGCAGUCAAGCUGUGCCCUAGAGUCCAGAAUCCAAGAGAACGAAGCAUCGUGACCAGCGAACUGAAGAAGACACAGUUGAAACUGAACUCCAUUCGUAGCGACGGCAUGACGAAAGCGCAGGUCGCUGAGAAAUUGUUACAAGUCGGCCGCAAAUACAAACGCACCAAAGACACGUUGGACAGACUCAAGUACCUCAUAGACGAUAUUCAAAGCACAACAGACAAGCAUUUGAAUUUCUGCCACAAAAUGCAGACAUACAUCGCAAGGAGAGUACAAUACUGUUUUCAGUCUAUACUGACUUUGCGUGGUUAUUCCGGCCGCAUGGAAAUCGACAACGGGCGCGGCAUGUUGGAGAUCACGUGCACGGGACGAGAGUCGGGCGCGCGGCGCGUGGCGUCCUCCACGCGGUCGCUCUCAGGCGGCGAGCGCUCCUACUCCACCGUCGCAUUCAUUAUGGCACUUUGGGAGUGCGUCGAACUGCCGUUCUACUUCAUGGACGAAUUCGACGUGUUUAUGGACAAUGUGAACCGUAAAAUAGUAAUGGAGUUGUUAAUCGACCACGCGCUGAAGAACAAGAGCCGCCAGUUCGUGUUCCUGACGCCGCAGGACACGUCCUCCGUCGUCGCCGGACCGCACAUAAGUAUACACAUGAUGGCGGCUCCACGACCUUAAGUUACGAAUGGUAUUUUUAUAUGAACCAGUGAGAUUUGUACCAAUGUUAUUGUUCAUUCAAUUUGUGAUUAAGAA